UCAGCCAAGAGCUGAGGUCUGUGACUCUGCACGAGGUUGAGGGAGUCAGAGGGAGAGGAGAAGAGGGGGAGAGAGGUCAGUGGAGGAGUGCACACAAGAUCAGCAAUUUAGGAACCCACGGACCUCCACAACAGGGUUUAUACUGUGCCUCCGAUUGGGAUUAUACAGAGAACGGACUAUUUCUUUUGUUUGGAGUUGGACUUGAGGUGGAAGUACCAAGAUGGCAGCCAAUGCAGAGGCAGCAAAGCCGGUCAUCAUGAAUGAAGAGGAACUGAAGAGGAAGCAGAGGGAGAAGCUGAAGAAGCUACAGGCCACGGGAGGCAACCCUCGCCCCGCGAGAUCCCUCUUCCUCUUCAACCUCAAGAAUCCCUUCCGCAAGGCGUGCAUCAACAUCGUAGAGUGGAAAACGUUUGAGAUCAUUAUCUUAUUGACGAUCUUUGCAAACUGUGUUGCUCUGGCUGUGUUUCUGCCCAUGCCUGAAGAAGAUACUAAUAACACCAAUUUAAACUUGGAGAGUCUGGAGUAUAUCUUCUUGAUAAUCUUCACAUUAGAGUGCUUUCUGAAGAUAGUGGCGUACGGGUUUGUUUUCCAUGAAGGCGCCUAUUUACGGAACUGUUGGAACAUAUUGGACUUUGUCAUCGUCUUCAUGGGUCUCUUCACCUUUAUCGUGGAUACGAUCCAUCAUAUAGCAGGCAUGCCGAUAGAAAAGGGUGGAGGGUUUGACAUGAAGGCACUGAGAGCCUUCAGGGUGCUACGACCUCUACGUCUCGUCUCUGGAGUCCCUAGUCUGCAGGUGGUGAUGAACUCCAUCCUCAAGGCCAUGCUCCCUCUGCUGCACAUUGCCCUGCUUGUCUUCUUAUUGGUUACCAUCUAUGCCAUCAUGGGACUGGAGCUCUUCAAGUGCAAAAUGCACAAGACCUGCUAUUACGCUGACACGGGUAUCUAUGCUAUAGAAGAGGGUGAGCUGCCUUCUCCCUGUGCUCAGGCUGGAAACGGACGCCGUUGCAUCAUCAAUGGCUCCGAGUGUCGGCCAUACUGGGAAGGUCCCAACAACGGCAUCACCCACUUUGAUAACAUUGGCUUUGCCAUGCUCACAGUCUUCCAGUGUAUCACCAUGGAGGGAUGGACCACAGUGCUCUACUGGGUUAAUGAUGCUAUAGGAAAUGAAUGGCCCUGGCUCUACUUUGUUCCCCUCAUUCUGGUGGGCUCCUUCUUCGUGCUCAAUCUGGUUCUGGGCGUGCUCAGUGGGGAGUUUACCAAAGAGCGAGAGAAGGCCAGGUCGCGUGGAGAGUUUCAGAAGUUGCGAGAGCGUCAGCAGCUCGAUGAAGAUGUGCAUGGCUACAUGGAGUGGAUCACUCAUGCUGAAGUGCUAGAUGCAGACCGUGAGGGCAAAGGACUGCUGCCUUUGACCGGUGGAGAUCCUGACACAGACAGCCUGUAUGGCCUGGAAGGCAAAAGUCGAAUCGUCUACUACUACCGCCUGGCCCGUCGCUGGAAUCGUUUUUUCAGGAUGAAGUGCCUGGUGUAUGUGAAAACCAAGUGUUUCUACUGGGUGGUAAUGAUCCUUGUUUUGAUCAACACCCUGACCAUAGCGACAGAGUACCACCACCAGCCUGAGUGGCUUACGUCUCUUCAAGAUGUUGUCAGUCGCGUGCUGCUGGUGCUGUUCGUCAUUGAGAUGUUUGUGAAGAUGUAUGCUCUGGGCCCUCGAGCAUACUUCAUGUCCCUGUUUAACCGCUUUGACUUCUUCGUGGUGCUGUGCGGUAUCCUGGAGAUGAUCAUGUUGUCUGCAGGAUCUGUGGCUCCGUUAGGUUUCUCUGUACUCAGGUGUAUUCGGCUGUUGAGGAUCCUUAAAGUCACAAAGUACUGGACCUCUCUGAGUAACCUUGUGGCCUCUCUCCUCAACUCUGUCCGCUCCAUUGCCUCCCUGCUCCUCCUCCUCUUUCUCUUCAUCGUCAUCUUCUCACUCCUCGGCAUGCAGGUUUUCGGAGGAAAGUUCAACUUUCCCGACCAAAGACCCAGACGCAGUAACUUUGACAAUUUCCCUCAGGCCCUCAUAAGUGUAUUUCAGGUCUUGACAGGAGAGGACUGGACCACUGUUAUGUACAAUGGCAUUAUGGCCUAUGGAGGGCCUGUUUUCCCCGGCAUCCUAGUUGCCAUCUACUUCGUUGUCCUCUAUGUUUGUGGAAACUACAUCCUUCUGAAUGUUUUCUUGGCCAUCGCCGUCGACAACCUGGCAGAGGCUGAGAGUCUGACCUCAGCCCAGAAAGAGAAGGCGGAGGAGAAGUUGAGAAGGAAGCUACUAAGGUCUAAAAUGCCUGACAAGACUGAUGAGGAAAGAGAGAGGAUAGCUAAGAAACUGGCAGAGCAGAGGGCCAAGACAGAGGGCAUGCCCACCACUGCUAAGCUAAAAAUUGAUGAGUUCGAGUCAAAUGUCAAUGAAGUGAAAGAUCCAUUCCCACCUGCCGACUUCCCGGGUGAUGAUGAGGAGGUAGAGCCUGAAAUCCCCAUCAGCCCUCGACCCCGACCAAUGGCCGACCUGCAGCUGAAGGAAGAAGCGGUUCCAUUGCCUGUCGCCAGCUCCUUUUUCAUCUUUGGCCCUCAGAACAAGUUCCGAAAGCUUUGCUACAAGAUCAUCAACGCGUCGUCCUUCACCAACUUAAUCCUCCUGUUCAUCCUGCUCUCCUCCAUCUCUUUGGCGGCUGAGGACCCCAUUGAUCCCAAGUCCUACAGAAACAAGAUCUUGGCCUAUGCUGACAUUGUCUUCACAACGGUUUUCACCAUUGAGAUUGUACUAAAGAUGACAGUGUAUGGAGCGUUCAUGCACGAGGGCUCCUUUUGUCGGAACUCCUUUAACAUCCUGGAUCUGCUUGUGGUCGGAGUCUCCCUGCUUUCUAUGGGAAUGGAAUCCAGUGCCAUCUCUGUGGUGAAGAUUCUCAGGGUGUUGAGGGUGCUGAGGCCUCUUAGGGCCAUCAACAGAGCUAAAGGCUUAAAGCAUGUGGUCCAGUGUGUGUUUGUCGCCAUCAAAACCAUCGGUAACAUCGUCCUGGUCACCAUGCUGUUGAAUUUUCUCUUUGCCUGUAUUGGCGUGCAACUUUUCAGGGGUAAAUUCUACAGCUGCACAGACGUCUCAAAAAUGACCGGGGAGGAAUGCCAAGGAUACUUCAUGAAGCACAUGGAGAAUUCCUUACAAGACACGAUGGUGGCUAAGAGAGAAUGGCUCAACAGUGACUUCAACUUUGACAACGUGCUCAAUGGCAUGCUGGCUCUCUUCACUGUUUCCACGUUUGAGGGCUGGCCAAAACUGUUAUACAGAGCCAUUGAUUCAGGUGAAGAAGACAUGGGCCCCGUCUUCAACAACCGUGUGGACGUCUCCAUCUUCUUUAUCAUCUACAUCAUCCUCAUCGCCUUCUUCAUGAUGAACAUCUUCGUGGGCUUCGUCAUCGUCACUUUCCAGGAGCAGGGAGAGGAGGAGUAUAAGGACUGUGAGCUAGACAAGAACCAGCGUCAGUGUGUGCAGUACGCACUGAAGGCUCGACCUCUGAGGUGCUACAUCCCCAAAAACCCCUACCAGUACAGGGUCUGGUACAUUGUCACCUCCUGCUACUUUGAGUACCUCAUGUUCUUCCUGAUUAUGCUCAAUACCUUGUGUCUGGGGAUGCAGCACUGCAACCAGUCAGACCAUGUGACCAAGCUGUCAGACAUUUUGAACUUGAUCUUCACUGUGCUCUUCACUGUGGAGAUGAUUCUUAAGCUCAUGGCCUUCAAAGCGAAGGGCUACUUCGGAGACCCCUGGAACGUUUUUGAUUUCAUUAUUGUCAUUGGUAGCGUUGUUGACGUCAUCUUGAGCGAAGUCGAUACUGCCCUGGCCUCCAGUGGAGGACUGUACUGUCUCCAUGGCUGUGCUGAGACAAAUCCUAUGCAAGUGAUUGCGGCCUCUGAAAAUGCCUCUGUUUCCAUCACAUUCUUCCGACUCUUCCGUGUCAUGCGUCUGGUCAAACUGCUGAACCGAUCGGAAGGCAUUCGUAACCUGCUCUGGACCUUCAUUAAAUCCUUCCAGGCGCUUCCUCACGUUGCUCUGCUCAUCGUGAUGCUCUUCUUUAUCUAUGCUGUCAUUGGGAUGCAGAUCUUUGGAAAGGUAGCCUUAGUGGACGGCACCCAAAUUAACCGCAACAACAACUUCCAGACAUUCCCUCAGGCUGUUCUUAUGUUAUUCCGAUGUGCUACCGGAGAGGCUUGGCAGGAGGUCAUGGUAGCAUCGAUGUAUGGGAAGAAGUGUGACCCCAAGUCUGAUUUUCAGCCAGGAGAGGAGUACACCUGCGGGUCCAACUUUGCUGUCUUCUACUUCCUCAGCUUCUACUGUCUCUGUGCCUUUUUGAUCCUCAACCUGUUUGUCGCGGUCAUCAUGGACAACUUUGACUACCUAACCCGUGAUUGGUCGCUCCUUGGUCCACAUCAUCUGGAUGAGUUUAAGAAGAUCUGGGCUGAAUAUGACCCUGAAGCCACUGGGAGAAUCAAACAUCUGGAUGUGGUGACGCUGCUGCGAAGCAUCCAGCCUCCUCUGGGCUUUGGCAAGUUCUGUCCUCAUCGUGCUGCGUGCAAGCGUUUGGUUGGUAUGAACAUGCCUCUCAACAGCGAUGGCACUGUCACUUUCAAUGCCACCCUGUUUUCUCUGGUCAGAACUGCUCUCAAGAUCAAAACUGAAGGUAACUUUGAGCAGGCCAAUGAAGAGCUGAGGGCCAUUAUAAAACAAAUCUGGAAACGCACCAGUAUGAAACUCUUAGACCAGGUCAUACCCCCGAUUGGAGAUGAUGAGGUGACUGUGGGGAAAUUCUACGCCACCUUCCUCCUUCAGGACCAUUUGCGCAAAUUCUUGAAGCGUCAGGAGGAGUACUACGGCUACCGGCCCUCAAAGAAGAGCGCCUCAGGCCCAGAGAUUCAGGCGGGUCUGAGGAGUACGGACGAUGAGGCAGCUCCAGAGAUGCACAGGACCAUUUCAGGAGACCUGCAGAAUGAGGAAGAGAUGGACAGAGCUAUGGAGGAGGCUGGAGAAGAGGGCAUUUACCAGCGUACACACUCUCUGUUUGGUAACCGGAUGGACCCGUUCUCCACUGAGCCCACCAACGCUCAGCCUCCACACAUGACCAAACAGCGACCACUCAUAUUCUCUGACAGUCAGCCGGAGUCAUCACCUGACUUUUCUCCCUUGACGUCGACAACGGAAUUCUUCCCCACAACAAAGAACAACACAAACAAUAACGCCUUUGCAGAGUUUUCAUUUGAAAGAGAAGGCAGUCCUGAUGAGUUUUAUAAUCCCAGUGAGGAUACAGAUCCAGACAACCUGCGAUCCUGGAGCUUCACAGUGAGAACAGACAAAACACAGUUUCCUUAUGACCCUCACUAUGGUGACAGUCAGAGUCAGAGCUCCCGUAGUGCAGCUGACCAGCUUGUCCAGGAGGCUUUAGUGAUGGGCGGUCUGGGCUCAAUGGCCAGAGACGAGGCUUUUGUGUCAGCGACGAAGCAGGAGAUGGCUGAGGCCAUGCGCAUCCCUGUCAAUGAGAUGGAAGGCUUGGCUCGGGGCAUCCUAAAAGAACGUUCUGACAGCAUCCCUUCAGUUAAAAAGAGACGUCCCAUCCCCGCACCUCCGCCAGACCCACCUGUGGCUGCUCGGGAAACGGGGAGCCAGAUGCAGCCAGAUCCAGCCGUGAGGAGAAAGAGACGUCCAAUCCCCAUGGUUCCCGCGGUACACAAGGUCGAGGAUACAGACUCAAAGGUUUAGAGGCUGUCACCUAAUUACAAGUGGUCAUCGUGUGGUUUUUACUCGUGCAGGUGGCUCCUCCUUACCUCAGUUUACCAAACGUGUCGCCCAUGUGACAAUCUGUGUCUUCUAGGAUGCCUCACGGACUCACAAGGUGUGAUAUACUGUAAAGUUGGGUUUAUAGGAGAAACAGCAUCUCUGAUAAUGAAACAAUUUCUCAAUCAGAUUUAUUGAAACUAAUAAAAACGCUAACUUAUCUCAGCGCAAACACAUUGACGCAAUCCUUUCUUUGUUGGGUUUGUUGAGGUUAUCCAUUCCAUAUUGUUAUGGUACAACCAUGAGUGAGCCGAGUGUCUCGCUGAAGCCUUCAAAAGAGGAAGUUGGAUCGUAACUGUUAACGAAAAUGUCUGAAGGGACUCUGAAUAAAUGGAGCAGGGAGAAAACUGUAUUUUAUCAUGCUGCAGUUCAGUGAAGACUCCACUGAGUUUCUGUGAAUCCAGGUCCAGAAAAGACCAGCAUAGUAUUAAGCUCACACUCUUAAAGGGCUCUGGAUUAAACCAUGUUCAAGUUUGUGAAGCAGUGUCCUAAUCCUUUAGGACUUGCUGUCUUUUAGUCUUUUAUCACGUACGUUUCCUCCUGCUCACAGCUCACAGUUUUUGUGUGCAGUUGAUUCCAGCAGAUUUUAAAGGGGAAACUUGUUUUUGAACACACAGGUUUAUUUCAUCUGUAAGAUAAUAAUCCUAAAAUUUAGAUUGUGUUAAUGUAUUUGUUCAGUUUAAGCAAUACUGUAGCCAUGCAGUGCAUGUGAUCGUUCUUUUUCACUGUAAGUCACUCUACUGCUACAGGUUUUGUUUUUCAUUGACAUGAACCUUGGAGUUGGGGGCAGUUAGUUGGACCCAUACAGAGAAUGUAUCCUCAGCAUACCAGGAGUAUGGUGGAUGGAGCUCGAAAGCUCACCAAAGCCUUUUCAAAUCAUUUUGUUCAUAAAUUAUUGCACUUACAUGCAAAUAUGACAGGCCUUCCAGAGAAGUUUUUUUCUUGUUUACAUUCUCUGACCAGCCUGUGUUUUGCUGUCAUGUUCCACUUAUGUCUGAGUGAGAGCUCAACUUCUGACCUUAACCCUCCUUCACCUCUGGAUCUGUGCCAAUAUGGUUGAUGUUACAUUUCCUACUACUGGAAAACAAAUAAAUCAUCCAAAACAUCCA